AUGGCCCCUGCGAGAUAUCCGCUCCAGCGAACACGAGAGGCUCUGCGGCCAAUGACUGAGCUCAGGAACGCUUUUUCCAGCCUGCAAGGCUCUCGCGCAGACCGUGAGGGCCGGGGGCUGAAGAGACCACACAGAGGCCGAGAAAGGCUCGGGGCCGGGAUGCGAGGCCAGGGGCAGAGACAACGGGCGGCGGCGCAGGAGAAACGGGCAGCAAGAGAUGGCCGUGAGGUUGAACGGAGACAGCGAGACUGGAGCGGUCGUUCUCCUGGACGCUGCUAUAAAUAUCCAGCCGGCCGGUUGACGGGGCGGGUUGGCCGUGAUGCGGUCGCUGAGCAGAAGAACCAGAAGAUGAUCGGAAUGCGAUCUGUUUGA